AUGGUGAAGGCUGCUCGUGAAGGUGCGGUUCGUACUCUUGCCAAAUUGCAUUCUGAUGAGCGCAAGGGUUGGAGGGAAGUUUGUGCUCGGGAAAAUGAAAAGCUUUUCCGUGUUCAUCAGGAGCUAACUAAUCUCAAAGUGGCGAAUGCUGCUUUGAUGAAUGAGAAGGCCGCAGCUGAAGCAGUUGCCAAAGAGGCCAAGGAGGCGGAGGCACACGGUGCCAAGGCUCUUGAAGAGGCGGAUGCUGACCGCAACAAUUUAAACAAAGCUGCCGAGGGCCUCAAGGUUGAAGUGCAGAACGGCGUGACCAUUAUUGAGGAGGUCACUGCUAGCGCGACUGAAGCUGAAGCGCCGGCAAGGGAGGCUGCUGAGGCUAGAGAUAGCCUAGUUUCCUCUUUGGAUCAGCUUAAGGCAGCUCGUGAUUGGAUGUGUGAUCAUGGUAUCGAGCAUAUUGUUGGAACCAUUCUUGACGCACCUAAAAACGCAAGUGUUGUUAAUGAGCUUAUGGAACGUGCGCGGGAGGAGGGGUUCAAGGCUGCUGUUAAUGCGUACAAUAGCUUGUCCAUUUCCGCCAUUGAAGAUAUUGAUAAAUGCUUGGAGGCGGAAGAUUAUGUGGACCGCUUGCGGUUGUUGUAUGAUGAUCCUGAGGAAGAGGAAACUACUGGUGGUGCCAAGGGUGGUGCGGGCACCAAUGGAACAAAAGAAGACUAG